GCUCCCUCACCGCCCUCCCGCCCCCAGGGCCUUGAGGAGCCGCCGCGGGGACGCGCUCCCGCCGCCCCCGGCUCCGCCGCUCCCGCCGCCCGGGCCGCGGGGCCGCCCGCCAGCAAAGAUGCUGAGCUUUUUCCGUCGAACCCUUGGAAGGCGGUCUAUGCGUAAGCAUGCGGAGAAGGAGCGGCUGAGAGAGGCCCAAAGAGCUGCAACCCACAUCCCUGCAGCUGGGGAUGCAAAAUCCAUCAUUACUUGCCGAGUAGCGCUGCUGGAUGGAACGGAUGUCAGCGUGGACUUACCGGUACGAAAAAAAGCCAAAGGCCAGCUCCUGUUUGAACAGAUCAUGUAUCAUCUGGACCUUAUAGAAAGUGACUACUUUGGAUUAAGGUUCAUGGAUUCCGCACAAGUGGCGCAUUGGUUGGACAACACAAAAAGCAUUAAAAAGCAAGUUAAAAUUGGCCCACCGUAUUGUCUGCAUUUUCGUGUAAAGUUUUACUCAUCAGAGCCCAACAAUCUACGUGAAGAGCUAACAAGGUAUUUAUUUGUUCUGCAGCUGAAACUGGAUAUUCUUAGUGGAAAAUUGGAAUGCCCUUUUGACACAGCCGUCCAGUUGGCAGCUUAUAACAUGCAAGCUGAACUUGGAGACUAUGAUCCUGCUGAACAUGUCCCUGAACUGGUGUCUGAGUUCAGGUUUGUUCCCACUCAGACUGAAGAGAUGGAACUAGCCAUUUUUGAAAAGUGGAAGGAAUGCAGGGGGCAAACACCAGCACAGGCUGAAACUAACUACUUAAACAAAGCUAAGUGGCUGGAAAUGUAUGGUGUAGACAUGCAUAUAGUCAAGGCAAGAGACGGCAAUGAUUACAGCCUGGGACUAACACCUACAGGAGUUCUUGUCUUUGAAGGAGACACAAAGAUUGGUUUAUUUUUCUGGCCAAAGAUAACAAGGCUUGACUUCAAGAAGAACAAACUCACUCUAGUUGUUGUUGAAGAUGAUGAACAGGGAAAGGAGCAGGAGCACACUUUUGUCUUUAGACUGGAUCAUCCCAAAGCCUGCAAACACUUGUGGAAAUGUGCAGUGGAACAUCAUGCCUUCUUCCGGCUCCGAGGUCCUGUCCAAAAAGGCUCAAGUCGAUCAGGCUUCAUUCGGUUAGGAUCCCGGUUCCGAUACAGUGGGAAGACAGAAUAUCAAACCACCAAGACCAACAAAGCCAGGAGAUCAGCAUCCUUUGAAAGAAGGCCCAGCAAGAGGUAUUCAAGACGAACACUGCAAAUGAAAGGACAUGCUGCUAAACUUGAAGAAACAAGUACUGCAAACAAUGCUGUUAGCAACCAAACUAAUGGAUCACAAAGCUGGAAUGCAAAGCCAAACCUACCUGUCCUAACAGUCGUUCCUUCUGCCCCAGUCUUAGUGGAAAUAGAAAACCUCCCAAGGAGCCCAGGAGCCAGCCAGCAAGACAAGAAGUGCGUACCUCUUGUUGAUUUGCUAGACAGCACGGAGUUACCAGAAACUUGUGUUGAUGAUGCCGUAGGCCGUCAAGUUGUUGGCUUGGCAACAGGAGAUUCAGAAGAGGCUGUUAGUUGCCCUCAUCCUGGCACAAAGGAAACUGCUGCUGAAAAAGUAGACACUGAUCUAUUUGAAGACACAUUCCUAAAACUGAAGCAGCUGGAGACAGAGCGCAGCAGCCCCGUGCCAACUGAGCGUCCCAACGUAAACAUAAAUGUACAGGGUGAAGUGGUAAAGUUGACAGAUAAAUGUCUUAACAAUGCAAUUGAGAGCCCAAUCACAGCAGCAACGUGGCUUCCAGCAGAUAUCAAAAGUAAUAUCCUGAAGGCCCAGGCGGAAGCAGGGCACAAGGUCAUAAGAGAAGACAGCCUGACAGGUGUCAAGAAUUCCAAUAUUCAGGACGCUGCUGCCAGGAACAUUCUACCGUCAGGCAAAGCACAGAGUAGUAGUCCCCCAGCAACCAGUCCAGUAUUUCAAGACCCAAGAGAGCUGCUGAAGGCAAUCCCCGCCUCAAACAGCUUUGUUCCUAAUGUGUUAAAUGAGGACAACGCUGCCUCUAACCAUGAGGACCUGCUGAUUCCAGCUAAUCUGGCUCCUGCUGAGGCGGCUGCUGUAUCAAAGAGCACUCCAGAUGACCAGGACGUUUCCUUAACAUCAUUGACAGAGAAUCUAAUUGACUUUACAGAAGCCACACCUCGGGUGUCUUCCCAGCCCACGAUAAUACCGAGGUGGAUAGUGCCAACUGGACUGAUUUCCAACGGGCCUUUGGGAAAUGAUGUUGCCUUAGCUAUGAAGGCAGUGAAAGGCAGCAUGGAGACUCUGACGUCGUCAGCUGGAUUGCCACCAUCCCAGCAGACAUCCGAAGUCCUUGCAAGCCCAGUCACUGAGGAUGCUACAAUAAGAACAAAAUGUUUACUCACCACUGAACUCUAGAAGAAGGAGCUUCUGCACUUCCCACCUUGUAAAAACUCAAAUCUACUAACAUAUCUCCAAGGGAUCCUUCCAAAAGACUUGCUUGGGAUCAAACUCUUGCUGAACAGGAGUCAAACAGCCGGCUGGUUUGCUAGGAUCCAGGAAGAGACUUCUACAUUUAUUGCAAUCUAACUGGAAUUACAGUCUAAACCGGGAUAUAAAACCACAUGCACGUUUGAUCUUCUCCCUCAGGAGAAGUGAAAUACCACACUGGAGCUAGUUCUGAAUGUGAGGAACAGAAUCUAGCUGUGUUCCACUCACGCUAGGUUUAGUCUUACUUACCCUGUGCUGCCUCUCAAGUGUUAAUAGAAAGCGUUCACUGUGAUGUUAGCUAUGUAGUGUGAGAGCACGGUAUCCCUGACCUCUGUAGAUUAAUAUUGGAAAGAUUAGAACUUGUAGGGCCACCUUGUGGCCAUACUAUGUACGGUGGCUCACAGUUUCAUACGGCCAAGGACAUUUUCUUCUGUGUGAUUAUUCUCUGUUUUUUCUUUGUUUUACCAACACAUACUCUCCUUUUUGGCCUUAAACCCCUUAAUAAUCCUCGCACCUCUUGUUACACUACCUGUAAAGAAUGAAAAUCUAGUCCCUCAAUGACCAACUACAUUGACUGGAUUUGAGCUGCUUGUUGCAACCAGGAAAAGACAAAUUAACCUGCCAAACAGCUUACAGCAUUAGCAGACUACAGCAGAGGUCCCACAUUUUUGACACUGAUUAUUUCAUUUCCUAUAUGACUCAAAUACAUGCAUUUUAGGCUGGAGAUUUGUAUGUUUUAAAUGCUGAAGCAGUGAAGGUAUAAGUACAGUUUACUUCAGGAAUUGCUUAUUGAUAAGUUUUGUUGUCAUAUAGCACUAGGAAGGAGAAGAAUUUUCUUGUUUCUAUUCAUACUGUUUCUGGGUGUUGUUUCCAGAUGCUGUGCUUUGGGAAUACUUACCAGGUAUGUUAGCGGCAUGAGGGUACAACUAGAUCAGUUAACACCACUUCGAAUCCUGUUCCAAGUGUCAUCUAAUAGUUUUAUGUGGAACAAAGAAUAGAAGGAAUAAGGUGAAAACGGGAAAAAAAGAUGAAAAGUUCCUGUGAGCAGUUCACUUCUUUGUAGAAGGAAGGUAGGAGCACUUGCAAGAGCAUGCUCCACAGAGCUGGCGAAGGCCUUUUGGUGCUCAGGUGAAGUACAAGACGCAGUGUGUACAGUUGGAAGAGAUCAUUUGAGUCCUGGGCAGCAGGAUCCUCAUGUGGACAUGUAGGGGUGAGCACAUGGACCCUGGGGAUACAGCCUGUGAAAAGGCCAAUGCACAGUCAGAGGGAGGAGAAAUACAGAAGCCCGAUGAUGAACUCCGCAUCUCCUGACAGGGAAGCACAGAUGGAACAACUGGGAUCUUUCUUUCUUAGGAAGAGGUUUGUAAAUAUGACUGGCAUUGGAGGAUGUUUUCUGCAUAGUGCUGCUGUUUAUAAAUGUUUAUAUACGUGUGGUUCUUAGAAACAAUUUUAAAUGUGAAAGUUGGUUCGGAAACCUGUAAUGCACAGCCUCCUUUCUGCACACCGGCUGCGUGCACAUCUCUCAGUGUAGACACAGAUUUGGACCAAACCACUGCGGGUUGUGCAAGUAAGCUGGUGCCCAGCUAGGUGGCUGCUUUUGGACUAGGGCAUUCUUACUGCUGCUCUUGUGCUCUCGUUUGCAAGAUGCCGAAUGAGUGUGUUAAGAAAGAAGCCACGUGGCAUUUACUUGGCCCACUGCCACUCCUGAAAACCCCCGAGGCCUUAAUGGAGCAACACAGAAACGAUGGGGAGCUCUUAGAACCGACAUACCAGAGUGACUCUCUGCAGACGGUGAUUUGCAGCCGUUGCCUCAAGAGCUGGGAGUCAGAAUUGGUAGCAGGCGCUUCAGGUCCCCCCUCUAGCCAGCGCCUAAAGCACUGCGCGGGCAGGCUCCCCGCUCCCCGCACUGCCAGCCGCUGGGGAGCUGCUCUUCUGGACCAGGUGGGGUGUUUCUGCUCGCCAGCCGUUCAGCUCUGUCACUACUUCCAGUUGAGUAUUGGCUUUUUUUAUACUUUUAAGUCUGAGCCUUAUUGCAUAUUAAAGUAGAAGGUUCCCGAUUCAAAUAUCAAAUGUCUUAGUCUGGAUUAAUAAUACAGUUGCCAGCAAAGUUCCUGCAGGAAAAGGGAAGCUAUGGCUGCAACAGUCUGCUUCCUGCACAAAGCCAGGACUGUGUGGGGAAACUUGGCACUUGCUAUUGAUCUGUUUGCUCAGCAGCUGAGCUGGCAUUCGCCAGCUACAUGUGUUGGUUUUGUAAAUAGACAGAAUGCAGUAGCAUUUUCUUUAAGGCAUGUUUGAUAUUUGACUCUUCCCAUUGGGUUCAGGAGCUCUGUGAACUGUUAGCUUGAAUCCCUCCCAAAAGUAGAAUAACAGAAGCUUACAGUUUUACAGCAUUGCGUGUUGAAUACCAUCCUUGGAUUCCUCCCGAGCAGUCACAUACAGCAAAUAACAAGUAAAUAACAUGUGUGGUGAGUGCGUCCCCCUAAAAUCUAAAUGGUUCCAAGUAGCCAACUGUUAUUUCAGCAUGGUCGGGAUAGUGGUGAUCAGAGGGGAAUGUUGUAUUUACACACAACGUGAGCACACACGAAAAUUCAGAGAGGCGUGGUCUUCCUCAAUUUUCAGAGGACUAAAGCUUGAAACUUUGUUUAAAAAUUCAAAAUUUUCAACUGUUAAAUUGGGACUUGCAAUUUCUAGUAGAUUCGGGUCUGCAAACCCGACUCUUCCCAGUGAUAUCUGAUACUGGGAGCAAAUAUCCACUCCAUUUAAGUCAACGUAGCUCAUUUAGCUGAUCCAAAUCAUUGGUUAUGUAGGGAGCCUGGCGAGACUGAGGGACCACAGUUACGUGAUCUGAACAGACACAUAGGUAGGUAUCUGAACAUCCUGUAGUUUGGCACCGCUGUUUUGCUUUAAAACUAUAGGUAUGAUGUUGUAUCAUGACUGGCUAACAGGUAACGUAGCAUUACUCAUUACCUGCAUUUUAUCAAACACAAAUAGGUAUAAUAGUUCUUAGAGUUAUUGUUAUAAAGUAUUAAUUAAUGCCUGUGUGCUACUGAGAAAAAGGGAUUUUCUUACGAUUGCUAUACUAUCGAUUGAUUAGCUCUAAGGUCCAACCAUCCUCUAAAAGUUUAUUUUCUGGUAUUUAUUUGAAGAGAUUUAUAAAUAAAACUUUUGUGUGAAUCUGGUGUUGGGAUGUUGGCAGGUCUGCCAACCACUUAAAAGCUGUAAGAGUUGACAGGAAUGAAUAAAUGUGUGUUCUCUUGCAGUCAUUUGGAAGAAGCCAGCUCCCUGAUUUAAAAAAAAAAAAAAAAAAAAAAAAGUUCAAUUUUUUUUUCCCCUAACAAAGUUAUCCCCUAUUGGCUUACUAAUGUAUCUCCCAGCCUGUCCUCAUUAACUGGCCUCGUACCCUUCUGCUGCGUGUGCAUGCAAUGCUGAUCAGCGAUGGGUGCUUUUUUUUUAACUCUAUAAUUAAAAAAUAAUAACUUAAACUAAAAGCAUAAGUGAUCAGAUCUGAAAAUAAAAGUGAUUUUACUCCAGUGAUGCUCCGUAAGUGAUUGGAGUAAAAGAUUUUAUAGAAAUCUUAACACUUAUUAUAACAAAAAAACCCCAGCCCAUAUCUCAAACGGAUGAAUCUUAGGGAGGUGGUGGAUCUUAGAACCGCAUUUCAGUCUCACCCAUUUAGUCCAAGAGGAAGAGAAGCCAGAGAGUCUGCAUGUGCUGAGUACACGGCAACGGUCUUACCAUGGGCUUUUGAAAUGGGUGUUAAAAUGUGGGAGUUAGGCCCUCUUGCACUUGAAUUAAGGAAAUCUCUUCUUUAGUUCAGUGGUAAUGGGGUUUAAUAUUAGGUAAGUCACAUGACAGAAAAUAACUACUUACCUGGUAAUCAGUCAUGGUUAAUGAAUUACCUUGAACGUAUUCGAUUUUAAACUUAAAUUCCACAUAUACUUUGUCAGAGACAGCUGUGUAAAAGCUAUGUUUUGGACAAGUUUUUGGACUCAACUUUGGUGAGCAAAUUUGCAGUAGCAGAAGAGGAGCUCAGGUGGGCAGUCCGGUUACAUUUGGGUCUCUGUCCACAAACUGUUUUCAGCCCUUGCCUGUUAGCCCUUUGUCUGCACCUUGCUCAUUCUUGUUUCUUGAAGCAAAGAUGUACUGUUAAGAUCAGCAUGUCCUUCACAAACAGCACUGGAUAUAUUUUUCACAUUGUGAACAUAUUCUGGUACAACCCAAAUCUUCUACAGAUUAAGUGUUAGCAGCGCUGUUUCACAGCCAGCUAGCAUUUAAAGCUCUAUCUGGGCACAUAGAGUGUUUGUUAGUCUAGAAAGUUGUAGUGUGUGUAUAUAUAUAUAUAUAUAUAUAUAUACACAUAUAUAUAUAGAGCUGUUAGACAUGGUAACGUCACAGCUUUCAAAUGCAGCUGGACAAUCGUAACUUUUAUACCAAAAAAUAAAAAUAAUCCAUGGUAAUGGCCUUUCAGUGUGUAGUCCGUGUGUGCUUGGUCUGAGUGUUAGCACCAUUGCCAUAAGUACAGGGCCCUCCCACCACGCUCAAAUGGAGGUAGAGGCGGUGCGAUUUCACUAAGUGCUGCACUGUCUUGUCACAGCGUUGAGGAGGGAGAUGCAAGCGGUCGGCACAGUCUGUUGAAAGCCAGGAUCCAUCACUCAGCAUCGUGUGUGGUUGUGUGCACCCGCUGGAAGUGCGGAGGGGGUCCUGCCCCUGCGGUGACGUCAGACCCUACGCAGCCCGGAGCCGCAAGGUUCUCCUACAAAAUUCACCUCCUUUUUACUGUUUGGCUUGAGCACUCUGCUGCAUAAACACCCCCCCCCACACACCUGUAACUGGACAAGCGUAUUUUUAAAGUAUGUCAGAAUAUUUUUUUAGCUAGAUAUUUUUGUUUUGUUAAAGCCACACUAACUACUGUAUUUUUACCUUUUAUAUGUAAAGCUUGGCAAUAGCUCUCAAUGUAUAAUUUAUUUGUUGUUUUUUAUAAAACAAAGUGCACCCUCUUCUGUUCCACAACAGUAGUGAUGUAUGAACUGUUUUAGGCACUGCACUGAGAUCUGUAUUGAAACUGUACAUGGGAACAAGAAACUGUGAUUUGUAGUCCACUCAACCCAAUCUUGAAAUGUUUAUACUGUAGUUUUGUCUUAAAUAUACCACAUCAGCGCA